AUGAAUUCAUUCUGCGAUCAAUCUCAAAUGCUCCCCCGAGUUCUUAUCGUCUCUCGUCGCACCAUUCGCAAGAACAAGUUCGUUGACUUCGUAGGGGAGUAUCAUCUCGACCUCAUCGUCGCCUACGGUGGAGUUCCAAUCAUCGUCCCUCGAGUUUCCGGCGUCCACUCGCUCCUCCGCGGCUACGAGCCAAUCCACGGCGUGCUCCUUUGUGAAGGAGAGGACAUCGAUCCGUCGCUCUACGACGGCGAGACCUCCAGCAGCCUCUCUCCGGAGGAGCUAGAGGAGGUCCGCCUCCUACACCCCGGCGACGCCUCCGUCGACCACGAGAAGGACUUCAUCGAGCUUUCCCUCGCCGAGCUCUGCCUCGAGCGAGGCACCCCCAUCCUCGGCAUAUGCCGCGGCGCGCAGAUCCUCAACGUGGCAUGCGGCGGCUUGCUCUUCCGGGACGUUGACAAGGAGCUUCCAGAAACCGGAAAGCAUGUGGACUAUGAAAACUACGACGGCCACCGGCACCCGGUGUGGCUGGUGGAGAACACUCCUUUGUAUUCAUGGUUCGGAGGCUCGCCGGAGAUCUCUGUGAACAGCUACCACCACCAAGGGGUUAAGAGGCUGGCGGAGCGGUUCGUGGCGAUGGGUGUGGCGAGAGAAGGAUUGGUGGAGGGAUUCUAUGACCCGAACUCGUACUGCCCGGAGGAGGGCAAGUUCACGGUGGGGUUACAGUUCCACCCGGAGCGAAUGCGUCGGCCGGGCACCGACGAGUUUGAGUAUCCUGGCUGCCCUGCAGCCUAUCAGGAAUUCAUGAACGCAGUCAUUGCUUAUAAGAAGAAGGUUAACAACUCAAAGAAGACUGUAGAUCGCAGGAAAUUAAACAAGGCAAUGGAGAAGAAGAGAAACAAAAUAGUUCCAAGUCUCUCGAUCGCAAAUUAA